AUGGUUUCCUCAUCACUUUCGCUAAGCGCUGGUUCGCUUUUUCUGCUGGGUCUGGCCUCGUCUGCGACUGCCAGCCCAAGCUAUUCGCUGGUCGAGAAUUGGCAUGGCGACAAAUUUCUGGAUUUUUUCAACUUCCACGUCGGUAAAGACCCGACCAAUGGCUUCGUCAACUACGUCGACCAGAGCAGUGCUGAGAGCUCGGGGCUGGUAAAGGUACUUGACUCGGGCAGUGUUUAUAUCGGUGUCGACCACGAGAAGACAAUUUCGACAAGCUCCCAAGGCCGUGAUUCAGUGCGCAUCGGCAGCAAGAAAUACUACGACGAGUCCCUGGUGAUCACUGAUCUAGCCCAUAUGCCCGGCAGCGUUUGUGGCUCAUGGCCUGCAUUCUGGUCAGUCGGCAAAAACUGGCCUGGUGACGGUGAGAUUGAUAUUAUCGAAGGCGUUAACCUCCAGGACCAUAACGAGAUAGUCAUGCACACCGCUGGUACCUGCAGUAUCACCGAUUCUGGAAUGACGGGUAGCGUCAACGCCACUGGCUGCGGUGAGGACCUCGGUACAGUCGGCUGUGUUAUCGAGGGUCAGGAAGGAAGCUAUGGUACCUCCUUCAACAAACAGGGCGGGGGUGUCUAUGCAAUGGAAUGGACCGACGCGCACGUCAAGAUCUGGUACUUCCCUCGCUCCAAGAUUCCCGCCUCCAUCACCAGUGGUAAGCCCGAUGUUAGCCAAUUCGGUACCCCGAUGGCCUUGGUUCAGGAUGGCUGCGACGUUGCCAACAGCUUCAAAGAGCAAUCUUUCGUCUUCGACGUCACCUUUUGCGGUGACUGGGCUGGUGGUGUCUUCGGCGAGUCCGGCUGCCCUAUGUCCGGCUCCGACUCCUUGGCAAGCUGCCACAGCUACGUCGCCAACCACCCGGCUGCCUUCAAGGAGACCUACUGGGAGAUCAACUCUGUCAAGAUUUACCAAACCGGUGUGAAGCGUAUCGCGGAGACCACCACUGCCAAUACUGUCGCGACCCAGGCCACUGCUACUCACGCCUCCGUCGCCAAGGAUACCACAACCAAGACUUCUAUCACCGACCACACCGUCACCAAGGCCGAUGCGGCGCCUUCCUCUACCUCGCAGACCGAGGCCCAGUCUGCUGCUGUUGAGACUUCAUCCACCCGGGCAACCAACGCUGCCGCAUCCGCUGCCACUUCGGAGGCUGUCGGUAUCAUCGGCGAACUGACUCCUACUUCGACCGCUGCAGCUGCUCCCACCACGGCAAAUGUCGCUACGCAGGCCGUUGUCGAGUCCGCGUCCAAGGAGACAAGCUCCAAGACCACCCGAAUCGUGACUGAGUUCGUUACCGCCACCACCACUCUCUGCCCAGUUGCCGAGAGCUCGUCUGUCGCCGCGAUUCCCGCAAACCAUGAAACCGCUGCCUCCUCGUCGGUCGUCGCAGAGACUGCUAAGGUUGUUGAAUCAGCCAACUCGUCCCCAGUUUCCGAGUCAGUUCCCACCCAGCCCCCGACCGCCUCGCAGUCUGCCAAAUCCGCCGGGACACAACAAGCAAACGCUGCCACUACCCAGGCUGCACAGUCUCCAGCCCCUACGACUCCCAUCGGUGCCGAUGCCAUCUCCAAUGCGCCCGCUGAGCAUGGAUCCUCCUCCACCCAGCGUCCCCUUCCCACCAUCAUCCCUGCCCCUGGUGUCAACCCUGACUCUGCGAGUGCCAUUGCCAACCAGCCCCAAACCUCGAAGGCACUGAUCCCCACCGCAACCGGUGCUUCUGCCCCCUCUGGCAGCACCUUCCCGGGUACCCCCAGCAGCUCUGGCAACUUUGCUCUCUUCACCAGCGGAGCAGACAAGCUGUCGGCUAGAUUCUCACUCUUUGCCGUUGCUCUUGGAUUCGCCAUGGCGGUAUGA